GGGCUCUGACAUUCCACUGACUGCAGGCAUUAUUUUUGUUCUGGACCUUGAAGUCCAGUCCUUACCCCUCGUCCUGACUACCUCUUUCUUUGCUGGCUUCAUCAUUGCUGUAUUUUUCUGCUAUUCAUCCACUUGAUAGCUAUUCCAUUUGCUGCCAUUCAUUUGGGCCCUGACACUGUCCUGUUUAAUUACACUCAGAAACGUGCAGUAAAAAACAAAAUUAGAAGACACCCAUGAUGUCUUUACCUUUCUACCAAAGACACCAUGAGCACUAUGACCGUGCGUACCGCCAUAAAGCACUGCAGUCCACUGUAAGCCAGUACCAAAAGGAAACAAAGAGCAAAUCCGCGGUCUAUGCUCAAGGAUCUGCAGCUUACGCUAGGGGCUCUGCAGCUUAUCGCCAUGCAUCUGCAGCAGACUUCAGCCUUGACUCUUCAGCAGCAUAUAGUCAUGGCUCUUCAGCCUAUGACCUUGAGUCGGCAGCGUACAGCUAUGGAUCUACAGCCUAUGAUCACUCUGCUGCACAAAGUAAAAGAUCUGCUGCCUACAGUCUUGACUCUGAAUCCCUCAGCCAGAGCUCAGCUGCCUACAGACAUGGAUCCGAAUCCAUCAACAAGCUGGCUGCAGCCUACAGGCUGGGAUCUGAAGCCUACAGUCUCGGACUGAAAGAUUCCAGUUUAAUGAUUGAAGACCAAUCCUAUAAGAUGAGUCCCAAAGCAAAGAGAGCAAAACAGAAUUUGUUAUCUGAGGACAAAGAGAACGAAGCCAUAGACUACUCAGUGCCCAUAUUCACAGGACGAGAAGUGAGUAUCAGUGGGAUCACAGACACGGAAGAAGAAAGAAUUAAAGAAAGUGCUGCAUAUGUUGCCAAGAGGAACCUUUUUGCCACAGGUGAAGGAGUUAGUGCCAGAAAAGUGGCCAAGUCAACUUCUGAAGAGGAACAUCAUGAAAAAAAAUCAAGGAAAGUAGCAAUCCGGGAGUCUGCUGAACGUGUGGCCCUGAAGAAAACGCUAGAAGAGACUCAGGCAUUCCACAAAAAGUUGAAUCAAGAUAAACUUUUACAUGCUCCUGAGUUUAUUAUUGAGCCUCGUUCCCACACUAUCUGGGAAAAGCAAAAUGUCAAAUUUCAUUGUUCCGUGGCUGGCUGGCCAGCACCCCAUGUUACAUGGUACAAAAACAAUGUGCCCAUCAAUGUACAGACCCACCCUGGCAAGUAUAUCAUUGCAAGUCGAUAUGGGCUGCACUCACUGGAAAUUAGCACAUGUGAUUUUGACGACACUGCUCAGUAUCGGGCCUCUGCUAUGAAUGUUAAAGGAGAAAUUUCGGCUUAUGCUUCCCUCGUGGUAAAGAGGUACAAAGGAGAGAUUGAUGCAAGUCUUUUGUACGCUGGAACUGUUUCCAUGCCUCUGGGCCUUGGCGUUACCCCUCAUGGCUAUGCUUCCAGGUUUGAAAUCAGUUUUGUUGACAAGUUUGAUGUAGCCUUUGGGAGAGAAGGUGAGACAAUGAGCCUGGGCUGCACAGUUGUCAUCAGUCCUGAUAUCAAGCGCUUCAAACCAGACAUCGAAUGGUACAGAAAUGGUAUUCUUAUCACACCAUCCAAAUGGGUCCAGAUGCACUGGAGCGGGGAGCGAGCUUCAUUAACACUGACUCAUGCAAACAAGGAAGAUGAAGGUCUUUACACUCUACGAGUGGUGAUGGGAGACUACUAUGAAGAGUACAGUAGUUAUGUCUUUGUUCGAGAUGCUGAUGCUGAAAUCCCCGGAGCCCCUGGUGCACCACUGGACGUGCAGUGCUUAGAUGCCAACAAAGAUUAUGUCAUUGUCUCCUGGAAGCAGCCUGCUGUUGAUGGAGGAAAUCCCAUCCUCGGAUAUUUCAUUGACAGGUGUGAGGUUGGCACCAGCCACUGGACCCAGUGCAAUGAGACUCCUGUGAAGUUUGCUCGUUUUCCUGUCACUGGUCUGAUUGAAGGCCGUUCCUACAUUUUCCGAGUCCGAGCUGUGAACAAAGCUGGCAUUAGCCUACCAUCCCGGGUGUCAGAGCCCGUGGCUGCUCUGGAUCCCGCUGACAGAGCCAGGCUUAGAAGUCACCCUUCUGCUCCCUGGACUGGACAGAUUAUUGUCACUGAGGAAGAACCUGCAGAGGGUGUUGUUCCUGGUCCACCUACAGACCUCCAAGUUAUUGAAGCCACCAAGAACUAUGUUGUGCUUAGCUGGAAACCUCCUGGACAGCGGGGCCACGAGGGUAUCAUGUACUUUGUGGAAAAGUGCGUUGCCGGCACAGAGGACUGGCAAAGGGUGAACACCGAGAUCCCUGUGAAGUCUCCUCGCUUUGCAGUUUUUGAUUUGGCUGAAGGCAAAUCCUACUGCUUCCGAGUUCGCUGUUGCAAUUCAGCUGGAAUUGGUGAACCUUCAGAAGCAACUGAAGCCACUGUGGUGGACGACAAACUCGAUAUUCCCAAAGCUCCUGGGCGUAUUAUGCCAACUAGGAAUACAGAUACCUCAGUUGUUGUCACUUGGACAGAGCCCCCAGAUGCCAAGGAGCUGGUUGGAUACUACAUUGAGUCAAGUGUAGUUGGAUCUGGUCGUUGGGAACCAUGCAACAACAAUCCAGUGAAAGGCACAAGAUUCAUAUGCCAUGGGCUCAUCAACGGUGAGAAGUACAUUUUCAGAGUCAGAGCUGUUAAUGCAGCGGGACUCAGUGAAUUUUCACAGGAUUCGGAACCUAUAGAAGUGCAAGCAGCCAUUGGGGGAGGAUUGCUUCAUGGUGUGUGUCCUGAACUGAGUGGUAAAGCUGGUGGACUAACAGACCGCACUACCAGCUGGGAAGGCAUGCAUGAGUCCUCCCAGCCUAUUUUUGACACAGAUGCUUUGCUAAAAUGCAAUGCUAAAUUUAAUAGAGACACAUUACCCAGUAGCUCUGGCAAACUGGGGACUACAGGAGACAAUAACAUGAGAGAAAUGGUUAAGGACGCUGUCACAUCUGCACCACAAAAAUUUGCUGCUAAGCAGGCAAGUAAGUCUCGACCCGGGGAUCUUUUGACACUGGAAAAAGUGACAAAGAAGAAAGAUACAGCUGCUCCAUCUCCACCUUAUGACAUCAUGGUACUUGAGAGUGUUCGUGACUCGAUGGUAUUAGGAUGGAAACAACCUAAAGUCACUGGUGGAACUGAAAUUACUGGCUACUACGUGAACUAUCGUGAAGUGGUUAAUGGAGUUCCUGGGAAAUGGAUGGAGGCCAACAUUAAGGCCAUUACUGAGAGGGCAUACAGGAUUCAAAACCUGAAGGAAAACAUGGUGUACCAGUUCCAGGUGGCUGCUGCUAACCUGGCUGGGGUUGGGACACCCUCCCUACCCAGCCAGCCCUUCAAAUGUGAAGAAUGGACCAUUGCUGUACCUGGGCCACCCCAUGAUGUCGCAUGCACAGAAGUUAGGAAGGACUCUUUGGUUUUACUGUGGAAGGAACCAGUUUAUACUGGUCGUAGUCCCAUAGCUGGUUAUUAUGUUGAUAUGAAGGAAACCAAAGCAAAGGAGGAACAUUGGAGAAGUGUCAAUGAGAAGCCACUUCAAAAGAAAUUCUUGAAGAUAGGUGGCCUAAAAGAAGGUGUGAGCUAUGUGUUUCGUGUGCGGGCGACAAACCAGGCUGGUGUUGGGAAACCAUCAGAUGUCACAGAUCCUGUCAUAGCUGAAACACGACCAGGAACCAAGGAAGUGGUGGUUGAUGUAGAUGACAAUGGAGUAAUUUCCUUGAACUUUGAAUGUGAUCAGAUGUCUCCAAACUCUAAGUUUGUUUGGUCUAAGAAUUAUGAACCAAUUGAGGAUGACUCUCGACUGAACAUCGAUACCAAAGGCGGAAAGUCAAAAGCUACCUUUAAGGAUCUUGGAGAAGAUGAUUUGGGAAUUUACUCUUGUGUUGUUACAGACACUGAUGGAGUUUCAGCAAGCCACACAAUUGAUGAGGAAGAAAUGAAACGCCUACUUGCCUUGAGCCACGAACGCAAAUUCCCAACUGUCCCACUUGCCUCUGAGUUGGCAGUGGAAAUUUUGGAAAAAGGACAAGUAAGAUUCUGGUUGCAAGCUGAAAAACUGUCUGGCAAUGCAAAGGCCAACUUUGUAUUUAAUGAUAAAGAGAUUUUCAAUGGAGAGAAAUAUAAAAUGAAGGUGGACCAGAAGACUGGCCUUGUUGAAAUGAUUAUGGAUAAACUUGAGGACAAGGAUGAAGGGACUUAUACUUUCCAACUGCAGGAUGGAAAAGCAACCAAUCAAUCCAGCCUUGUCCUCAUUGGUGAUGUAUUCAAGAAGCUGCAGGAUGAAGCAGAUUUCCAGAGAAAAGAGUGGCACAGGAAACAAGGUCCUCAUUUUGUGGAUAAACUGGGAUGGGAAGUUACCGAUGACUGUAAUGUGAUGUUGAAAUGUAAGGUGGCUAAUAUUAAGAAGGAAACACACAUUGUAUGGUACAAAGAUGACAGAGAGAUAAUGGUAGAUGAAGAACAUGACUUUAAAGAUGGCGUGUGUACUCUGCUGAUAUCAGAGUUUUCUAAGAAAGAUGCUGGCACUUAUGAAGUCAUACUGAAGGACGACAGAGGAAAGGACUCCAGUGAGCUAAAGCUUACGGACACAGCUUUUGCAGAUUUGAUGAAUGAAGUAUGCAGAAGGAUUGCUUUAUCUGCGACAGACCUGAAAAUCCAGAGCACAGCUGAGGGUAUCAGACUGUACUCCUAUGUUACUUAUUAUGUGGAAGAUCUGAGAGUAGGCUGGGUGCACAACGAUACCCAGAUUAGGUUUACAGACCGAGUGAAGACUGGUGUCACCGGGGAGCAGAUCUGGUUGCAGAUCAAUGAGCCAACUCCACAGGACAAAGGCAAAUACACAAUGGAACUCUUUGAUGGUAAAACAGGACACAAAAAGACAAUAGAUCUUUCUGGACAAGCAUUUGAUGAAGCCUUUGCUGAGUUCCAGAGAUUAAAGCAAGCUGCGAUUGCAGAGAAAAAUCGUGCACGGGUACUUGGAGGUUUGCCCGAUGUUGUCACCAUCCAGGAGGGCAAGGCGCUUAAUCUUUCUUGCACUGUCUGGGGAGAUCCUACCCCUGAGGUCUCAUGGCUGAAGAAUGAAAAAUCGUUUGUAUCAGAUGCUAAUUGCAUCCUGAAAUUUGAAUCUGGAAAAAACGUCAGCUUUACCAUUUCUACUGUGUCCACGCUCGACUCUGGGAAAUACAGCAUUGUGGUGAAGAACAAGUAUGGCACAGAGACCAGCGAUGUCACUGUAAGUGUGUUCAUACCUGAGGAAGAGAGACAGCCUGAGCAAGAGAAAAAGAAAGAAGAUAAGAAAACGAAAGCGUGAAUUUAAGACUAGGAAACGGAAGUAUGGGGGAGAUUUUGGUUGACAGGCAGACAUAAUCUGUGUGUGUAAAUGGUUUUCUGCUUUAGCAGGCGGUCUUGGAGUUUUCCAUUCACUUCACUUUUGCUUCUAAUACACUUAAUUGUGCCACGGAAAACAGGGCCUUCCCUAAAUAUGUUCGUACUGCUAACUUCAUAGACCCGAGUUGUAGCAUCUUCAGCCAGGCCAAAUGCAUGCUGGCUGUAAACACAGGUCCGCCAUUUGACCCUCUUCCUGGAGCACUUGGCCAUACAACAAAAAUGGAAAGGGUGAAGAACCAUUUCGGUGGAGGCAACUAAUGAGGUAGAUGGAAAGAUAAAAAAUGAUUGAGGCAUUUUUGAGCAGCAGUUUAGAUUUGUUCCAACUUUGGUAAAGUAGCAUAGAUGGAAUGUGUUAGAGAAUUAAAUCAUGGAGAAAUCAGUGCUGUUUUUUGUCUACAUUAAGGCCCCUUUGUAUUGCUGUGUUAAUUUAAAGAGGCCUUAACAUGGGUGUCAUUUACAUCCAUAAAUAUUGUUUAAUCUGCCCAGUUGGGGUAAAAGUACUGUAACAUAAAUGAAAAUUAAGCUUAGGAGGCCAGAAUACCAAUGUGUGUGUGUCUGCAAAAAUGUAUGAACUCUCCUCUAUGUUCACAAAUAAACUGAAUUCACUUCUUUCCUUCCAUCACA